UGUGGCCAUCGCUGUGAACGGGCCAUCGCUGUGAGGAGCUUGGGUCUGCCUCUUGCAAGGGAGGCGACUUUUCCCAUUGCGAAAAGGCGACGAUCAAGUGCGUGGGAGCAGGAAGUGUCAGCAGGUUGUCAUACAUCAAGUGAUCAGAAGAAGAUGGCUGUAUUUUUAGGAAUGGUUCCUUUCCAAUGACAGCGGCAGGAUGAGACUGCAGCCAUUGAUUGUUCUAGUCUUGUCCAUCUUGAUUCAUAACCUGCAGUGUAGGGGUGCUCCAACCUGCCCUCGGGGCCAGAUACUGUACAACAAGGAUUCCCGCCAUCUAUGCUGCGUGCCCAUAGUCUCACCAAACUAUUGUGGACAAAACAAAAGGAUACAAAGAUGUACAGAAGAUGGAGAGCCUGAUGUCUGUGUGGACUGUGAAGAUGGAAAGGUGAAUUUUUCCAACUCUACCUCUGGAGUCGUAGAGGAACGCUGCUUCAAGCCGCUUGGGUGUACUGAAGAAGCGAUACUGUCUGGCAAUGGUCAGUGUCAGUGUGAUAAUUCAAGAUGUUACUAUGGAGACGACGAAUACAGCUGUUUACCCCUCAAAGCCAAAUGCCAGGAAAACACAUACCACAAUAAUGGUGCCUGUGUUCCCUGUCCAGCAGACACCCAUCGGCCAGGCAUCGGGUGCGGGCCGUGUGUGCCUAUGUCCUCACUCGCUGCCUCAGUCAACACCAUCAGUUUCAGCGAAGCCAUCCCUCACCUGAACACUACCAACUCCACCACCACUGUGCCAACUGCUGUGACAACGAAACGCAUCAGGCUUGAUUCUCUCGAUAAAGAGGAGAAAGACGUUCCAGAAGACGAUAAAUCAGUUGUUUCUGAGCCACUGCCCGGAACUCAGGUUUGGGAGUACAAACCGGUACUCAUUGGACUGGUUGCAACCAUCUUAAUUGUCAUGAUUGUUUGGGGGAGUGUGUGGUUCUACAGAAAGAGGAACCGUAGUGAUCAUGUGCCAUUGCCGUCCAACUCCUCCACUCCCCCUCCCAGUCCACCCCCAUCCUACGCAGUGUUGGACCCGAACCGGGACACAGCUCAUCAUUCUCAGAUCAACCAGGGCACAGGGUAUCCCAAUGGAGGCGCCACUGCAACAUGCAAUAACCAGAGAGGGAAUCCCAAUGGAGGCGCCACUGCAACAUGCAAUAACCAGAGAGCCGUACCAUUUCAGAAUAGUUACUGUGACAACCCUGUAGAAUCCCCCAUAGAUGGCGCUGGUCAAUCAUUUCAACCUGUUCAACCAUCGUCUUCCUCAAUCCCCGAUCUGCCACCUACAGGCUUCAGCUCUGGAUCAUCCGCGUCACAAGGCUCUGUCAGCGUGCAUGGGCUGGCUCCCGAUCACACAAACCCUAAAGUUGCUGUUUCUAACCAAGUAUCCACCACGGAGCAGCAGAGAGCUGGGCAGAAGCCAACAUCUAGCGUUUUACCUGUUGUUGAUGACGCUAACACUCCAUUGCUUGGAUCUGCCCCUAGUCUUGACCCUGACAGCAUCAAACGGGACAGCCAGUAGAACCUAUUAGGUGUGUAAUGAGUGAGUGAGUGAGUUGGGUUUAACGCCGCUUUUAACAGUAUUCCAGUUAUGUCGCGGCGUGUCAGCUUAAUGUGGGAGGAAAUCCCAAAGUGAUGCAGGUCUCAGACGUUUACCACUUCGGUGAAACCCACGAGCACUUGUAUGGUGCUGACAAACCUAGAAACAUAAUUGGGGCGAACCGGGAUUCGAACCCACAAUCAUAGGUUUCUGGCGUGCCCAAGGUACACAACUCUGCACAGUGAAUCGUGGUGCCUUAGGUGUGUAAAACUGAGAUGAAAAGAUGUACAUGUGGUGGAUAACACACCAGCAAAUGGGUACCCGGUAGGAUACAUGCAAACCUACUCACACCUGUCGGGCAACUCGAGAUGUGUACUGUACAGCAGUUUGUGUUUUGAUCCGGUGAUCAGGGUUAUAAUUGUGCAGCGACAUCGAAUGCUUUUGGGUUUGAAAAUGUCGCAGUAUAAAUCAUGUUGUGACCAUUCAUGUUCAUAUCUACCCUGUAGAAUGUAUACUGACUCAUUGUUGAAGGGUCAGGGUGUGUAGCGGGUCAAACAUGAACAUGUUUCAACAAGCAUGAUAGGUCUGAGUAUGUCAACGAUGUGAUUAACAGCUGAAGAAUAUGAUGUUUCAUCUUCAGGAGGCAAGUGAGUUAACUUACUACAAAAGUCCAGUUUCCACCCUUGCCGAACUAGGCUGGUAUCAUGGAGUUACAUUUUGGCUGGACUAACGAGUCUACGCAUAGUCCAUUCAAAAUCGCGCACCGAAAUCGAAAUCCGGUUCGUAAAGUGUCAUGCAGAUUUCGGUCGACUGCAGGAUUUGCAAAGCAUGUGCACCGCUAACUCGUUGUCAACAUAUAUUUUCUAAAUCUUUUCAUGCUUUUAUUCAAGGUGCUCACAUGAUUUGAUGCACUUCGUGAUGUAAGACUCGUUUUAUCAUAAUAUAGAUCUUGAUUAUCAAUCAGAUCGUCUUGACUGGGCGCCACCGUUUUGUUUGAAGCAAAUGCAAGUGAUACGAGAGGUUGAAUCUGAUUGGUCAAUAGGAGAGGCAUAGAAAGGACACUGGUGGCGCUACUAUCGAGCCCAGGAAUUCCAGCCUAGUUCGGCAAGAAACUGGACUUUUAAAGUCAGUUAACUCUCUUGCCUCGGGAAGAUGAUGCUGUUUGUUCCUGUCACACUGAUUGGAUGAUUUUAGGAAAAUGGGAAAAUGAACAUCGCCUGAAAAUUGCAAGGUUGAAGGUGACACACAAGCUUUUUCUUCAAUUUGCCUCAAAGAAAAACAUUGCCGGAGCCAGUUCUUUCUGUGGUGCUCUAUUGUUAUUGUUUGAGAAUUGAAUUGUGCAUAAACUGAGUUGUGACAUCACACUGAGAAAUUAUUUCAAGCAUGAAUAAAAAACACCCAGAACUGUUGACGUACUGACCUUUGAACUUGUGUUACCAUGAGUUCCCAACUUGAUUAUUGUGUCAGAAGUUGUGUUUGAGAAAUCCAGUUCGAGAUCAAGUCGGUUGUUUCUCAUUUGUUUUUGUAAAGUUAUUGCCAAUGGAUGAAGGGUAUUUCCUGAUGAAUUCCAGGCAUCUGCAAUCUGGUUAAAAUCAGAUUGUUACGGCCAAAAUGAUAAAAUUAUUAUUAGGUAUUUAUGUGUUCUAGAUAAAUUGUCGGAGAAUUGCUAUGAUUAACCCUAGUGCAAAUAGCAGUGAUUUAUUGUCAAGUUGUUUUUUUUAGCGGGUUGCAAUUUUCGUGGUUACAAAGGGGGAUAACUGCUGGUAGGUUAUAUUUUGGAAGUAUGUCGCUGGCCUGCCUGCCAUCAUUGCCAUGUGGGUUAUUCUUUUGGAAGAAUAGAUGGUCUACAAAUGGUAUGAAUUACUUUAUUAGCAGUCUUUGCUUGGAAGCAUUUUGUGUUAAUAUUAUUAACUUAUAAGCAGCACUAUUCAGUCACGUUAUUUAGUCUGUAUUUUCACAUGGCUUUCGAAGCUGUUUGCUGCAUUCAAAACUCGCUCGCUUUGCACGAGGUGUUAAAAAUAGAUUUUGCCACAGGUUGUUUUGCGAGGGCUUUUCAAACUUAUUAUUUAACAGUAAAUGCUUAUUUAUAGAAAUAUUGGUUGUAUGACUUGACUGACAUGUUUUGGUUCUCCAGAAUUUCAAAGAUGUAGACUUUGUAAAAAUAUAUCUUUAUUGGUGAAGUUUGAUACAUAAGGUUGUAAUAGUAUCACAAUGUGAAAUAGCAUUAUGUCAUGCUAUAUUUUCUGAUUUAUUGCAGUCAAUCUGUCACAAGUGAGACUUCAACACGCUAUGAAAUAUGAACUGAACUUUGAUAUAAACUUUCACUACAGUCUUCAGUCUUGCUUGUUUUCUGAAUUGGCGAUAGGGCCUAUAGACCUAUCUACUAUAGAGAAGAACACAGAUCUUAGUUCUUGCUCCUCCUGCACAAACAUCUGAGGACAUCCCAUUACAGGUCACAUAUUAGCCAAUCAGAAAGCUGCUUUCUUGAGCUUCAUGGCAUAAGUUACAAACUGACGACUUCCAUUCCAGACUGCGCUUUGAAAUAUAUUUUGACAAGGAUCUCAAAUCAAUAUUUGAAAACUGAACAAAAGGCCAUUCUGGAGUGUCUAAUUGAUGGGCAAGAGCUAAGUCUCUUCAUUUUCAGAUGUUUAUGCCAUUGAAGCAAGAAAUAGAUGAUGUCUUUGACAGAAUCAGUUGUACAGCCUGAAUUGUCGUUUGGAAUACCCCUUGUUAAUUUUUUUUUAGGUUGCAUGAUUAGAAAACAUUCUGAAUGUCACUUUCCCGAUCUGGUAAGCGACGUUCUGAUUGUCAGAUGAAAGGUCGUUCUGACCUGACCCACAAUGGGAAGUCCUCAGAUCUUUGUUUCGCGGUAGAUCUACUGAGUACUGAGAUCUGAUUUUUAUGAGUUUGAGACGUCUGCAUCUUUCAUCAAAUACUGAUCCAGUAUGAACUUCAUGCCAAAGUAUCUUUUUAGCUUUUGUGUCACUAUUUAUGAUUGAGACUUUAGACAUGCGGAUGAUUGGAAGUCAUGGACUUUGUGAACAUUUAGAAUACAAUGAUGUCAUUUUAUUUGCAAAUUGUACAGACAUUGUUGAAUUUGUGAUAUGCAUGUUGAGUUUGUGUUGAUGGAAGCUUCCCAAUUGUUCAUGCUGGACACUUCAUAGCAUUGAUACCAACCAGGAUGUACAGUUUCUUGUUACUGUCCCCACCCCAGACUUAUGCUUGUGAGAUUCAACCUCUUGGCA